AACAAACUUUGUAUAUAGAACCACAGCAUCAUGUCGGUCCAGCUAUCAGAGAAGGCUCUUUUGCUUCACGGCAAAAUGAGCGAGUCGCCCACAUCCACUCUCUUUAACCAACAGGAAUUACAGGAUUUAGUACACAUCACCAAACCCGUGGAGCUCUUGAGCAUCGCCCAAGAGUUAAUCAACAGCAAGUUGGUGAAGUUAGUCAAACAAGGCGAAGAGCUCAAGUUCCAAGCUGUGUCAGUCACCGAAGCGCUGAAAAUCACCCAGAUGACCGACGAAGAAGCCAUGGUGUAUUCAUACAUUGAAGCCUCAGGCAGAGAAGGUAUAUGGACCAAGACCAUUAAAGCAAGGACAAACUUGCACCAGCACGUCGUGGCCAAGUGUUUGAAAUCAUUGGAAGGACAACGAUACAUCAAGUCCAUCAAGUCGGUGAAACAUCCAACCAGAAAAAUCUACAUGUUAUACAACCUCCAGCCGUCUAUCGAAAUCACGGGUGGUCCGUGGUUUACUGAUUCCGAAUUGGAUACCGAGUUCAUUGAUUCGUUGGUUACUGUCAUUUGGAGAUUUGCUGCUUCAAAGACAUUCCCUAGUGCUUUUCAACAGCCUACUAAUAACGUCAACCCUAUUCAGGCGACAUAUCCGGCUACCCAUACCGGGUUUGUUGAUUUGGACCAAAUAAUGGAGUUUAUCAGUGUCAACAAGAUCACGAAUAUAGAGUUGGGACUCAACGAUAUCAGGUCAUUGUGUGACGUAUUGAUAUUCGAUGACAAGUUGGAGUUGGUGAGCCAUACUACCGAUACAUAUAAAGCUACUUGGCAAAGUGUAAUUGAAGCCGGGUUUGGCCGUGGGUACUUGGAACAGGGAAGUGGAGUUAGUGAAGCUACACGCAAAGCUGUAGUCACUUCAUUCAGCAUAUUUGAUCAUUACCAAACUGUAGAGGAGACUGAAGAUUUAGCAUAUUUAGAUAGUUGGACCCACCAGUAGAUAUAAAUCGCACGAACCUCCUAAAAAAAAUAAACAUACACUUUGUACAUUAG